AACUACCUAUCUCUCAUUGAUCCUUAUACUUCUAAUUUUCAUUCUACGUUUUUCAAACUUGCCAAAUGUCAUUUUACCACGAUAAUACCGAUGCUAUUGAUUAUCAUCUUGUUGAGGAUUUCGAGGAGCAUGUAUUGAGAGACAAUUGGAAAGAAGUUGUUGAAUAUUACAAAAAAGAUAAAUUUUAUCACACAUUAAAAGUGAAGAAAAGAGGAACAGCAUUACAUGUAGCAGUAAGCAAUGGUGAGAAAGAGGCCGUGAAUGAUCUUGUAAGGGAAAUACUAAGAAUGUGGAAAUGGAAUGAAAAUGAUGACGAUGACGAUGAUGACGAUGAUGAAGAAGAAGAAGAUGAAACUCAUCCAUUAAGAAUGUGGAAUGAAAGAGGUGGUACUCCUCUACACAUUGCAGCAUUAAGAGGAUUCACAAGUAUGUGUGAAUGUAUAAUUGGAAAAGAAGGUGAAAGGAAGAAUUUGGUUAGAAAAAAAAAUAAAAAUGGAGAAACACCACUUUUAUGGGCUGUGUUAGGACAUAGGAAAAAAACUUUUGUUUACCUAUAUAAUUUUGCUCAAGAAGAUGUUAAUAUUGUUAUGGAUAAAAAUGGCACUACCAUUCUCCAUUAUGCCAUUAGAAGAGAUAUGUUUGGUUUGGCAUAUAUAAUAAUGCAUUGCUAUGCUGAUUCUAGUAUUAGCUAUAUGAAGGACAAAAAUGGUGUUACUCCUCUUGGAGAACUUGCCUCUAGGACAUCAGCCUUCAAGAAUGGAAAUCACCUAUCAUGGUGGAAGCAAAUUUUGUACCACUGUUUUCCUUUAAAACUCGAGGACGCAGAAACUAAAUUGAACUCGAUUCAUCAAAAGUUUGUAAUCAAAGAUAAAGAUGAUCAUAAUGGUGAUAUAUCAAUACAAUUAAACGAUGAUGAUGAAUUAGAAAAGGAAGAGAAAAUACGUUUAUGUUACCGGUCUGUAUUCAGAUGGCCUAUCAUUUCACUAUUGGACUUAGAGAAAAUAGAAAUCAUUAAGAAGAAGCGCUUAUAUGCUGCUAGGAUCUUGGAAGAUUUAAUGAAAAAUCCUUACUACUCAUACAAUGGUGGUGGGGAUGCAGCACGACUUAACACAGAACAUGAGGAAGAAAUAGAAAAUGUCAUGAAUAUCAGGGACACACAAAAAAAAGAUAUUAACAAAGAACAUGAGAAAGAAAUCAAGGGCACAUUGAAAGAAGGGGAGUUACAAAAUACAACAGAGGAAAGUGGCAUAGCUAAAAUUAUGCAAGAGAUUAUUUCUAAACUAGCAAUUACAUCUGACAAGAAAAGGAUAUUACUUGAAGCAAUGAAUAAAUUAUCAGUAGAGAAAAUUGACACACAGGACACAACAUAUUUGGUUGCAGCAAAACAUGGCAUAGUGGAAAUUACGAGUCAACUUGAAUUAAAAAUGAAAAGUGUGAUCCAUGAGAGAAACUCUAACAAUGAAAAUGCAUUGCUUUUGGCAGUGAAGUAUAGGCAACCACAAAUUGUUGAGGGGUUGCAGAAAAGUUUAUCAUCAAACAAGAAAGUCUUUGAAAGCCUAUGUCUAAAAGUGGAUAACAAUGAAAACACCAUGUUACACUUGGCAGCAUAUACAUCACUCAACAAUGAAAGUACUUGGAGGAUAUCUGGUCCUGCCAUGCAAAUGAUGUGGGACAUUAAGUGGUAUAAGUACAUCAAAGGAAUAGUGCCAGAGUAUUUCAGACAUAGAAUCAACAAAGACAAGAAAACCCCUGGUGAAGUCUUUAAGGAAGAACACAAAGAACUUCUACAAAGUAGCACUGAGUGGUUGAGAGACACAGCAGAGUCAUGCUCAGUUGUAGCAGCACUAAUUGCAGGUCUCUCCUUUGCAACAUCAGGCAGUGUCCCUGGAGGCAAUAACGACUCAGGAAAACCGGCAUUAGAAGGACAACCUGCAUUUGAAGGAUUCGCUAUAUCUUCGUUAAUUGGACUUUACUUCUCCGGCACUGCACUCAUCAUGUUUCUUUCUAUACUCACUUCUCGAAAACAAAUCGAAGACUUCAAUAUAAACUUGCCAACCAAGCUUCUUGCAGGCUUAACUUCUCUCUUCGUAUCGAUUGUUGCCAUGUUUAUUUCUUUCUGUGCUGGACAUUUCUUUGUGCUCACAGAUAAAUAUGGUAAACAUGAUAUCUUGUUCUAUUUAUUAAUUGUCUUUUGCAUUCCUGUCACAUUCUAUGGAGCUAUGCAGCUUCCGUUAUAUAUUGAUCUUCUUAAAGUUAUUUGGAAGAAGGUGCCACCACCAAGUAUUAAGGGUGUUCAUUUGUAAGGGGUGUUUGCUAUAUUGUAUUGCUUUGUGGAUUGAAACUACUUCAUAAGUUUGGUUUGUA